CUUUUUCUCUCGGUUUCUCUCUUCCCACGCAACCCCUUUGUCCUUCUAUCUUUCUCUCAAUCCUCCUCCUUUUCGCUUCUCUUUGCCCCCAAAUUCGCAAACCCUAGCUAUUUUCUCUUCCUUCAAUUUCGUAAGCUCUGACCACCCUUUGAUCGUUGGCUUCUCUCCGAUCACACCAUGGACUGCUGGUCUUUUAAGAUGUAAUUCUGUGGAUGUGUUUCUUGAACCUCUCACCUCUUGUGCAGCAUUCAGAUGAUCAUUAUGUAGUAUGGAUAAACAACAAUUUCUUGGCUUGAUCUUUUCUAAAUGAUGUCCGGUAUUAGAAGGGAUGGGACUGCUCCCAGCAGAUUCAGAUGGCAAUGGCCAAGUGGAUCAUCUUUGAAUACACACUUGCUUAAGGAUGUGCCACCAGAGAUAGAACUGUCAGAUUACCAGAGAUUACCCCAAUCUGGCAAUGAAAGCCCAUCAGGACUUCUUAAUGGUGAUGGGCUAGAGGUAGAAUCGAUAGCUGAUUUGGAUCUGUUCUUUGAGAGGCUUUAUAGUUAUCAUCGCGAGAAAGGUCUCCGGUGCAUCAUCAUCAAGUGGAUAUUUGAAAUUCUGACUGUGAUUUUCGUAACAUGUUUUAUUGGAUUUUGCUUCCUUGUUAUUAACUGGAAUUAUCUCUGGAAUGCAAAAUGUGGGAUUGAUGCAUUUGAGUCAGGGAACAGGACUUGUGAUCUGGCAAAGGAAGCCUUUAAUCAGCACCCUCUUGCUCCUUUCACAAUUACAAAAGGAAUUAUUAUCGGGUCUAUGGCCUUAUUGACUUUCCAUGGGGUACUCAACUUCUUGCAGUUCAUUGUGCAAUUCCAAUAUAUGGUUAAAAUCCGUAAGUUUUAUUACAAUAGUCUCAAAGUUACAGAUCUGGAGAUCCAGACAACUUCUUGGCAAGAGAUUUUAGACAAAGUUGUUCGACUACAAGAAUCACAAAAAAUCUGUGUGGUCAAAGAUCUUUCUGCUCAUGAUGUGAUGAUGAGAAUAAUGCGCAAAGAGAAUUACUUGAUAGGGAUGCUCAACAAAGGUGUUCUUGCCUUUUCAAUUCCUUGGUGGGUCCCUGGAGCUGGUCCUACUGUCAAUUCUCGAUCAAAUGGAAGGCAAAAUCGUCUUAUUCUGACAAAGGCUUUUGAAUGGGUCUUGAAUUGGUGCAUAUUUCAAAGUAUGUUUGACAGUAAAUUUUGCAUCCGAAGGGACUACCUUGCAAAUCCAUCAUUAUUGAGGAAGAGGCUAAUGGUGAUUGGGGUUGUCAUUUUUAUUCUCUCUCCGUGCCUUGUUAUCUUUAUGCUUGUAUAUCUGUUUCUUAGACAUGCGGAGCAAUUUUAUCACCAUCCUAGUACAGCUUCAUCUCGAAGAUGGUCUAAUUUAGCCAAGUGGAUCUUCAGGGAGUUCAAUGAGGUUGACCAUUUAUUCAAACAUCGAAUGAACAAUAGUGUUGUGCAUGCUUCCAAUUAUCUGAAGCAAUUUCCCUCACCCCUUGUGACAAUCAUUGCCAAAUUUAUUUCCUUUGUCUCUGGGGGCUUUGCUGCAAUUUUGAUCAUCAUUGCUAUCUUGGAUGAAUCACUGCUAGAGGGUCAUAUUUAUGGCCGCAACUUAUUUUGGUAUGCCGCAGUCUUUGGAACAGUGACUGCUAUUAGCAGAGCCCUGGUGUCUGAUGAGCUACAGGUCCUUGAUCAAGAAGGAGCAAUGUCUCUUGUUGUUCAGCAUACACAUUAUAUGCCAAAGAGAUGGCGUGGUAAAGCAAAUAGUGAUUUGGUUCGGAAAGAAUUUGAAAAUUUAUUUCAGUACACUGGGAUGUUGCUACUGGAAGAAAUGGCCUCUAUCUUUGUCACUCCAUACUUGCUCAUAUUUGUUUUACCAAAGCAUGUCGAUGAUAUUUUACGUUUCAUCUCGGAUUUCACUGUGGAUAUUGAAGGUGUCGGUCAUGUUUGCAGCUUAAGCGUAUUUGACUUUGAAUGUCAUGGAAAUAGGAAAUAUGGUUCCCCCUGUGAUGCUCCUAGAGAAAAAAGGAGUUCCCAAGGCAAGAUGGAGAAAUCUUUUUUAAGCUUUCACAGUGCCUAUCCAUCAUGGGAGCCUAAUUCUCAGGGCCAGCAAUUCCUAUCUACUCUUCGCAGUUUUAGGGAGAAGCAAAUGCACCGUAUGACCUAUCAGGAUUAUUCAGUGAACCAAGCUAAUCAAUUCACUCCAGUUCUUGGUGGCCAUGGUGAACUUGCCUACAGACCUGUACAGGAUGGUGUUCAUCAAACUGGCUACAAUUUGGGUACUUUAUGGAUGAUAAAUGUGGAUCAGAGGACUCAUCCCUAUCUACUAGAUUGGUAUUAUGUGUCUCCUCCAUCUGAGACGGUGCAGAAUUUAAAUGACAUUCCUCUGUCUAGUGGAAUCGGUCUUAGGCAACAUGAUGAUCCGUGGCAACCGGACAACCAUCUCCAGAUAGAUCCUGAAGACAACUGGGGCCUGCUCUUCUCAGAUAGAAUGCAAAGUCAUUCUGGGGCCUCUACAUCCAGUCCAUUUUUAACAAACAGCAUUCUUCACCACCAGAAUCCGUCACAGAGUCACUUGGAAGCUUCUAUGCCUAGUCCAUUUUUGAGAGACAGCAUUCUCAAUCACCAGAACCCCCGGCAGCAUGACUUUCAGAGACCUUGGUGGGCACGGACCGGUCCAGACGAGCCACACUCAUUGGGUCCCCCAGGUAGUUUUCUUGAGCCGGCCCCCUUCAUCGGCCACCAUAAUUUCAGUCACCAUAGCGAUGAUUUGUCAAACAAAAGUGUAGAUGAAUCACAACAUGAUGGCAGUGGUGAUGGUGGCAGUGCAGAUCCAAAGAGUUUAUCCAAGACAUACUACAUGGAGGACUCUGAUAAAACCGAAGGAUUUCAUCGUCCAUAUGUGGAUUCUUACGGUCCGCCAUUAAAAACCCUUCCUGUACGAAUACUACCUAGGAGCAUUGAUCCAGUAUAGCAAAAACAAGAGAGAAACAACAAAGAAAAAGAAAAAGAAAACCUGUAUAUAUAUGUCUAGUUUGCAGCCACUGGUGGAAGUAUUGUUUAUGUCUGGGAAAAAUUGGGGCUUUAAGUUAUGGGCUGGUUAGUGCACUGCAUGGUUUAACGCUUGGUGGAAAGAAAGGGAACAUUAUUUUUUUGUACAUAAAGAUUCAUGACGCUUUACCAGACAUUCUGGUUGAUAUUACUACCAAAAUGCUGGACUCACCUGCUAUUGUUUCAUUGAUAAUCAAUUUACAUUAUUUUCCACUCUUUCC